UUUAAAGAAUUCCGAGAUAAAUUAAUUUUCGGGAGUUUCGUUGGCAGUUUUAUUUUUUCGAGGCUGCAGUUGAUGAUGUUAUUGGGACGAACGUGUCUUUUUUCCAACCACAAAUCGAUUUUUGCCGUGGCCGUAACAGCUGUUCUAAAUAGACAAGGUGGCAAGCUCUGCACUAACAAAUUAUUUGGAAAUAGAUCGAUUUCAUCUUUUAAUAAGCCAAAAAUGACUUUAGGCAACGAAAAAACGCUGGCUAAGAAGGCCGUCCAAUCCGAGCCUAUAAUGCGGUUAAACAAUAUUGAAAAAUCGCAGCAGGAUGCACGAGAUUACCGCGGACUGCAGUUGGAAAAUGGUCUUAAAGUGUUACUCAUCUCGGAUCCAACCACUGACGUUUCGGCUGCUGCAUUAUCUGUGCAGGUUGGGCACAUGUCCGAUCCUGAUAAUCUGCCGGGAUUGGCGCAUUUCUGUGAGCACAUGCUUUUCCUAGGCACUGAGAAGUAUCCGCACGAAAAUGGCUACACCACGUACCUGUCACAAAGUGGCGGCAGUAGCAAUGCUGUCACUUAUCCUCUAAUGACCAAGUAUCAUUUUCACGUCGCCCCAGAUAAGCUCGAUGGCGCUCUAGAUCGUUUUGCUCAGUUUUUCAUUGCUCCGCUGUUUACGCCGAGCUCUACUGAACGUGAAAUAAAUGCUGUAAACUCUGAGCACGAGAAGAAUCUUUCGAGCGACCUUUGGCGCAUUAAGCAAGUUCAGCGUCAUUUAGCCAAACCUGAUCAUGCCUACAGCAAAUUUGGCAGUGGCAAUAAAGCUACACUCUGCGAGAUACCCAAGUCCAAGGGCAUCGAUGUGCGUGAUGAACUGUUGAAAUUUCACAAAAAGUGGUACUCAUCGAACAUCAUGUGCUUGGCUGUUAUAGGCAAAGAAUCCUUGGACAAAUUGGAGGAAAUGGUUAUAGAAAAGUUUUCCGAGAUUGAAAAUAAAAACGUUGAAGUGCCAACAUGGCCACGACAUCCGUAUGCAGAGGAUCAGUAUGCGCAAAAAGUAAAAAUUGUUCCCAUCAAGGAUCUACGCUCAUUAACAAUAAGUUUCACAACCGACGACUUAACACAAUAUUACAAAUCUGGACCUGACAAUUAUUUGACGCAUCUGAUUGGACACGAGGGCAAGGGCAGCAUAUUGUCGGAGCUACGCAGGCUUGGCUGGUGCAAUGAUUUAAUGGCUGGACAUCAGAGUACACACCAUGGCUUUGGAUUUUUCGAUAUUGUGGUGGACUUAACCCAGGAGGGCUUAGAGCAUGUUGAUGAUAUAGUGCAUCUAAUAUUCCAGUAUUUGCAAAUGCUGCGAGAAGAGGGUCCUAAGAAAUGGAUAUUUGACGAAUGCGUAAAGCUUAACGAAAUGCGUUUCCGUUUCAAGGAGAAAGAACAGCCCGAGAACCUGGUCACAUCAUCAGCAUCCUCAAUGCAAAUAUUCCCAUUGGAAGAAGUACUUAUUGCGCCAUAUAUGAGUAAUGAGUGGCGCCCCGACUUAAUCAAAAAACUUCUCGAUGAGCUGCUGCCUGCAAAGUGUCGAAUCUCAUUAGUUAGUCAGAGCUAUGAGCAGUCAACUGAUCGUGAAGAGCCAUAUUAUAGAACAAAAUAUGGAUUGGAGCGUAUACCUGCCAAGACGUUGAAGGUUUGGGAAAGUUGUUGUGUCAAUGAGAAUUUAAAGAUGCCAGUGGCCAACAGCUUUAUACCCACAAACUUUGACAUAGCUGAUGUGCCCAGCGAUGCGCCAAAGCACCCAACAAUCAUCAUGGACACACCAAUUCUACGAGUUUGGCACAAGCAGGACAAUCAAUUUAAUAAGCCUAAAGCGUGCAUGACCUUUGAUAUGUCCAAUCCCAUUGCCUAUUUGGAUCCAUUAAACUGCAAUUUAAAUCAUAUGAUGAUCAUGCUGCUGAAAGAUCAGCUUAAUGAAUAUCUAUACGAUGCAGAGCUUGCCAGCCUAAAACUUUCUGUUACCACCAAGCCCUGUGGCAUUGAUUUUACCAUACGUGGCUUUAAUGACAAGCAGGUGGUGCUGCUCGAGAAACUGCUUGAUCAUUUAUUUGACCUUAGCAUUGACGAAAAGCGCUUCGAUAUACUCAAGGAACAAUACAUACGCUCAUUGAAGAACUUUAAAGCAGAGCAGCCCUAUCAACAUUCCAUUUAUUAUCUGGCUCUGUUGCUUACCGAAAACGCCUGGGCAAAUGUGGAACUCUUGGAUGCUAUGGAACUUGUUUCGUAUGAGCGUGUGCAAAAUUUUGCCAAGGAAUUCUUCCAGCGGCUGCACACGGAGUGCUUCAUCUUUGGCAACGUGACCAAGCAACAAGCUUCAGACAUCGCUGGACGUGUCAACAAACGCUUGGAGGCCACAAAUGCCUCCAAAUUACCAAUCUUAGCCCGCCAGAUGCUUAAGAAACGAGAGUACAAACUAUUAGCCGGAGAUAGUUACUUGUUUGAGAAGGAGAACGAGUAUCACAAGAGCUCCUGUAUACAGCUAUAUAUGCAAUGUGGCGCACAAACAGAUCACACAAAUAUAAUGGUGAAUUUAGUAUCCCAAGUGCUCUCAGAGCCCUGUUAUGAUUGCCUCAGGACAAAGGAGCAACUGGGCUAUAUUGUGUUCAGUGGAGUGCGCAAAGUAAACGGCGCUAAUGGCAUUCGCAUUAUUGUGCAGUCGGCCAAGCAUCCCUCAUUUGUUGAAGAUCGCAUUGAGAACUUCUUACAAACAUAUAUGCAAGUUAUUGAGGACAUGCCCCAGGAUGAGUUCGAGCGCCACAAGGAGGCCUUAAUUGUAAAGAAGUUGGAGAAGCCCAAGACAAUAUUUCAGCAGUUCAGUAUGUUUCAUGGCGAAAUUUCCAUGCAAACUUAUCACUUUGAUCGUGAAGAGGCCGAAGUUGCAAUUCUGCGUAAGAUUACAAAGAACGACUUUGUGGACUACUUUAAGAAAUUCAUUGCAAAGGAUGGUGACGAACGACGAGUUUUAUCCGUGCAUAUAGUGUCUACGCUUAAGGAUCAAGGUGAUGGCGACUCAGCGGAGAAAGAGGAAACUGUAGUUACCCCGAUGGAGCGUCAUAUGCCAAUUAGCGAUAUUGUGGCCUUUAAGUCUUGCAAGGAACUGUACCCAAUUGCGGUGCCGUUCCUGGAUAUCAAGGCCAAGGGAGCACGCAGCAAAUUGUAAGAAGCUGCAGUCUGUGGCAUACAAUGCGGCAAUAGCUAAUGGUGUGAGUUUUAACGAAUUAAUUGUAUGUAUUGCAUAAAUUGUAUAAAUUUUCACAAAUAUAAAAUAAUUUGUAUCAACA